AGCGGGCGAUCCCUCCCUCCCUCCCACGGUGCCCCUGCCACGGCUUCUGGACGGGUCCGGGUCUGGAGGUGACUUGAGAGUCCAGCCCUGGAGCCACGGACCCACGGGCAGCAGUUGCCGGUCUCUCCGCGAGGGAGACCAGGCUGCGCUCCCUCCUCCCUCCCUCUCGCCCGCCUGGAGGGCGAGACGCGUUACCUCGAGCCGGGCUGUGGUGCCACUGGAGUCGGUGAGCAGCCCGUUUUCUUGAGUUUGGUAUCCUCGGUUGUCCAUCUUCUUUCUGAAAAUGAAGAAAAUGAUUGCAUGCUUCCUCCUUCUGUCCGGACAAAUUCUACUUUUCACUGCCUCGGCCAAGAGGAGAGAACUUCCAGGAGCCUUUUUAAGGCAAAAAAGGCAUGUCAAUCCACAAGCUUUGUUUGAAAAUACUUGCAGUAACAAACACCUGGACCUUGUCUUCAUCAUUGACAGUUCUCGCAGUGUACGCCCUUACGACUUUGAGAAAGUGAAGGAGUUCCUUUUAACCAUCCUUCAGUUCCUGGACAUCAGUCCUGAUGUCACCAGAGUAGGCCUUAUUCAGUAUGGCAGUACAGUCAAACACGAGUUUUCACUGAAAACAUUCGGGAAGAGACAGGAUGUGGAGAGAGCAGUAAAAAGAAUGAUGCAUCUGGCCACUGGCACCAUGACUGGACUGGCCAUUCAGUAUGCAAUGAACAUUGCAUUUUCAGAAUCAGAAGGAGCUCGUCCUCUGAGCCAGAACGUGCCCAGAAUAAUCAUGAUAGUGACAGAUGGACGACCGCAGGAUCCGGUGGGAGAGGUUGCAGCUAAAGCCCGCAACUCAGGCAUCCUAAUUUUUGCCAUUGGAGUAGGAAGAGUGGAUAUGAACACACUGAAGUCCAUUGGGAGUGAACCUCAUGAAGAACAUGUGUUUUUGGUGGCUAAUUUCAGUCAGAUUGAAACACUGACCUCUGUGUUCCAGAACAAGCUUUGUGUGCCUCACAUGUGCAGUAUUGCUGAACAUGGCUGUGAUCACUUCUGUAUUAACACUCCUGGCUCCUACAUGUGCAAAUGUAAGCAGGGAUACAUUUUGAAUGCUGACCAGAAGACUUGCAGCACUCAGGAUCUAUGUGCCAUUGAGAAACAUGAUUGUGAACAGAUAUGUGUGAAUACACCUGGGUCUUAUGUGUGUCAAUGUUAUGAUGGCUUUGAACUUGAUGAACAUGGAAAGAAGUGUAUAAUUGUAGACUUUUGUGCAGUGGAUAACCAAGGCUGCCAACAUGAGUGUGUUAAUACAGAUGACUCCUACUACUGUAAAUGCCAUCCAGGGUUUAUUUUAAACCCUGAUAAAAGAACUUGCAGAAGACCGGAUUACUGUGCUUCAGAAAACCAUGGCUGUCAACAGGAGUGUGUUAAUUUAGAUGAUUCUUAUUUUUGUCAAUGCCGACAAGGAUUUACUCUUAAUCCAGAUAAGCGAACUUGCAAAAGAAUAGACUUCUGUGCUCUGGGUACACACAGCUGUGAACAUGAAUGUGUUAACACUGAAGACUCAUUUGUGUGUAGAUGUCAUCCUGGAUACACCCUGAACCAUGAUGGCAAAACGUGCAGAAGAGUGGACCACUGUGCUGAGAAUGACCAUGGCUGUGAGCAGCUGUGCCUGAACACAGACGACUCCUACCUCUGUCAGUGUUCUGAGGGAUUUAUCAUUAAUGAAGACCUAAAAACCUGCACACGAGUGGACUACUGUGCAUUGAGUGACCAUGGUUGUGAACAUAUCUGUGUGAAUGGUGAAAAAUCCUAUACUUGUCAGUGUUUUGAGGGAUACAGACUACGAAAUGAUGGGAAAACUUGUAAACGUAAAAAUGUCUGCAAGUCAAUCAGCCAUGGUUGUGAGCAUAUUUGUGUUAAUAUUGACAAUUCAUAUGUCUGCAAAUGCCGUGAGGGAUUUACCCUGACAGAGGAUGGGAAAACAUGCAAAAGAAAAGACAUUUGCAAAUCAGUGAAUCAUGGCUGUGAACAUGUGUGUGUUAAUGCUGAUAAUUCAUACAUCUGCAAGUGCCAUGAUGGAUUUGCACUAAGAGAAGACGGAAGAACUUGCAGAAAUAGAGAUGUUUGCAAUUCAGUUGACCAUGGCUGUGAACACGUUUGUGUUAGUGGUGACAAUUCCUAUACUUGCCAGUGCUAUGAUGGAUUCAUACUGAGGGAAAAUGGGAAAACCUGUAGAAACAAGGACAUCUGCAAGUCAAUCAACCAUGGCUGUGAACAUGUUUGUGUUAAUACUGAUGAUUCAUACGUUUGCCAGUGCCAUAGAGGAUUCCAACUGAAGGAGGAUGGAAAAACAUGUCAAAGUAAAGACAUCUGCAAAUCAGUCAACCAUGGCUGUGAGCAUGCUUGUGUUGAUAAUGAUGAUUCAUAUACUUGCCAGUGCCAUGAGGGAUUCAUACUGAGACAGGAUGGAAAAACAUGUAGAAAUAAAGACCUCUGCAAAUCAGUCAACCACGGCUGUGAACAUGUGUGUGUUAACAGCGACAACUCAUACAUCUGCAAGUGCCAUGAGGGAUUCAUACUGAGACAGGAUGGAAAAACGUGUAGAAAUAAAGACCUCUGCAAAUCAGUCAACCACGGCUGUGAACAUGUGUGUGUUAACAGCGACAACUCAUACAUCUGCAAGUGCCAUGAGGGAUUCAUACUGAGACAGGAUGGAAAAACAUGUAAAAAGAAAGACCUCUGCAGAUCAAUCAAUCAUGGCUGUGAACAUGUGUGUAUUAACAGUAAUGACUCAUACAUCUGCAAGUGCCAUGAGGGAUUCAUACUAAGAGAGGAUGGGAAAACUUGCAGAAAUAAAGAUGUUUGCAAUUCAGUUGACCAUGGCUGUGAACAUCUUUGCGUUAAUAUUGAUAGUUCAUACAUUUGCCAGUGCCAUGAAGGAUUCAUAUUAAGAGAGGAUGAGAAAACAUGCAGAAGUGAAGAUAUCUGCAAAUCUGUUGACCACAGCUGUGAGCAUGUUUGUGUUAACAAUGAUGAUUCAUACAUCUGCAAGUGUCACAAAGGAUUUGUCUUAGACAUCGAUGGGAAGAAGUGCAGAAGAUGUACUGAAGGCCCAGUUGAUCUGGUGUUUGUGAUUGACGGUUCAAAAAGUCUUGGGCAGGAUAAUUUUGAAAUCGUGAAACAGUUUGUCUCUGGAAUCUUGGAUUCACUUGAGAUUUCUCCCAAAUCUGCUCGAGUUGGUUUGCUUCAGUAUUCCACCCAAGUCCGCACAGAGUUUACAUUAAGACAAUUCAACACAGCCAAGGAAAUGAAAAAGGCUGUAUCCCAAAUGAAAUACAUGGGGAAAGGUUCCAUGACUGGACUAGCCCUGAAACAAAUGUUUGAGAGAAGCUUUACUGAAGCAGAAGGAGCAAGGCCAUUUUUAUCAAGGGUCCCUCGAGUCUGUAUUGUGUUUACAGAUGGACGAGCCCAAGAUGAAGUCUCUGAGUGGGCUGGCAAAGCAAAGCAGAAUGGUAUAACCAUCUAUGCCGUUGGAAUAGGAAAAGCAAUUGAGGAAGAACUGCGGGAAAUUGCUUCUGAGCCAUCAGACAAGCAUCUCUUCUAUGCUCAGGAUUUCAGCUCCAUGGGGGAGAUAAGUGAAAAGCUAAAAAAACAAAUCUGUGAAGCUCUGGAAGAUCAGGAUGCAUCAGCAGGGAGCCCUCCCAAGCCUGGUCAACAUUCUUCAGGACUUGAAGCUGCUACCAUAACCAUCACAGACCUCCUAGCCUGCUCCAAUUUUGCAGUACACCACAAGUAUCUUUUUGAAGAGAGCCAUUCAAAAACAAUAGGCACAUCAGCAAAUCCUCCAAAAGAUAAAGACCACUGCAAAUGUGAAAGUCUUGUGACAUUCCAGAACUAUGCAACCACUGAAGUAAGAAAACUAACCCAACGAUUGGAAGAAAUAACAAAGAGGAUGGAAGCUUUGGAAGACAGACUAAGAUAUUGAUGAGCAUUUCUUAAAAGUAUAUAAACAUGUGGUAUAUUUAUACAAGUUGUUAACAGAGCUAUUUUGUUAAAGCCAUACAAAGCUACAUAGCACACUUCCUCAUGUCCGAGGAUGAAAUGUUUUUGGGCCCAGUAUUUAUAUGCUGAGUUUGCAUUGAUUGCAGAUAAAAAUUGAGAUGAGCAUAUAUAGUUUAGUAACCAGCCAAAAUUCUAACGCAACAGUGGAAAUAAGCUAUGCAAUGAUAAAUAAAAUAUUCUUAUUUUUAAA